CUCCCUUUAUCAAAUUGUCUUGGUUCUCUUAUAUGCAACGAAUGAUAAUGACUGUCAGUAAAUGAUUGAUGACCACCUUUCCUCGCUGUUUUGCACCUUGUCCAGAAAAUGAAAUAAUACAGAAAGUUGUCUAUAUCACAAAUAGUAUGUAUCCGCCACUUGCGCCAGCCACAGUGCCGCUGAACUCCACGUAUUCAGAGUACAGUCACUUCCCCAAACAUGAAAACCCCCAAAAAUAUUGUAAUACAUAGGAAAUUAUGCAAGCGUAAAUGGAGGGGGGGAUCCAGAUCUCGGCAUGGCUAAGACCAUUCA